CUGCAUUUCGGUGAUAUAUCUCCAUCUGCCACCUCAAGGUCUCCUGGUGAAAUCUCAUAUAUAUCCCUCCCUAGAGAAUCGUCGGCGACAGGGAUGCCAAUGUGUCGGAGGCAAAGAAUUUCAUUCAGACACUACACAGAAAGAAAGUGUGCCCUCUUAAAGUCGAGCUCAACCGUUCCACACAAGAGAGGUAUUUAAUUUUUCUCCAACCAGCUACCCCCCACCAUUUAAUUGACGCAACUGCAUUCAUCCGUAUAUACUGUCCCCAAUAAUUGCGCUGAAACAUGUUUUGCUCUGCGUGAAAGGCCUAGAGCGAGUAGUCAAGAUAUUAUUAGGAUUAUGCCAUUAUGCUCCAUCAAAGUUUUCUAAAGAUUCCUCAGUUACUGCCUAUUGUAGUUUAAUUGGUAGAUGGCCAUUAUGGCCAUGAUCAGUUCGGAGUUGAGACCUGCCAAAAUAAAUAGGAGUUUGUUGAAGAUGCCAAAAAUCCGAGGUUGGUGUAGUUAGAGAACUAAAAUCAUGUUAUUCGAUUUUGAUUCUUGUGAUUCAUAAUCGUUAGAUACAUGUGGUGACAAUCAUACAUGUUAUGGGUAGUAAAAUGUAUGAUCCAAACGGUGUUAAGUAUUGGACAAAAAAAUCCAGUAAACCUUGCACCUAAAUUUUGUUUUUUUCCCCCCUUCCUAUGGAGACGUGGUCGGCCCCAGAAAAGGCACCGGAUGCCUUUACCUUCCGCAAAGCUGCAGCACAUCCUCAUCGUGUUCCAGCAAUGCAAAAUAUUAGAAAAAAGGCCUGCCCCAUCUUUGGCUUGGUUGCAUUAUUUGUGGUCAAAACAACACUCAAGUUGGCCUGUUAUUAUGUUAAAGCACGUGGUCACAUGUGCUAUGACCACUUUCUCUUUCCUGCUUGCAGCUUACCCCCUAAUCCGAUGAUUACUAUCUCGAUCCAAUUACACAAAACAAAGCCAUGUUUCUUCAUGUACUCAUAGACAACGAAUACAAUACGUGCGUGGGAUCAGGGAUCUCACCUGGGUUUUCUAUUUUGUGUCUUUUACUUAAUCGAGAUGGGUCUUUUUCCCCACUUCAAAUGAACAUAUCUGUUCUUUCACUGCUGAACAUUCACACAGGAUGAAGUCAACUACCAACGGUACUACACCAUUUACUGUCAGAGCCGUAAUAAAGGGAAUCUGCUGCAUAUCUCUACAUCGCACGAGUCAACUCGUCCCGGAAACGGCCUCAGCUGAAGCUUCAUGAUGGUUAUAAGGUACACGCCAUGCUUCUUUCCCUUUACCCAACUGCAAGUCUGCAACUGCUAAUUUACUAAUUGCAUCUCAAUUCCUAUUAGCCUUUUCCCCAUUUUGCUAUGCUGUUACUGUUACCAUAGCUUGCUCUCUUUAACUGCCAAACCAAACACACGGGGUUUGGCCAGGAAAGCUACCCGCUAGCUUUCUGUACAGGACCAGUUUCGCUGCCCAUUGCUUCUUUACUAGCCAGAUUGUGAUUGAGGACAACAGUUCAUCCCACUGAUUUUUCUAAUGCAUUUCCAUGCCUUCCAGUCCCAAUCAAUUCAAUAUGGUCUCACUGAUAUUCUCUCCCUUCUUGUGAUAUAAUACAAAAUCAGCACCCACCAUAUUCCUCCCCAUUUAAGAAGGUUUUUGAUUAUUUUGAGUUAGCCAACCAUAUUAUACUGUUUCAACCUACAUUUCCCCAGUAUAAGAUCAUAAUGCAAAAAUUGGACGUUAGUGGCUUGCAUACCUUCUGCAAUCUGCAUAGCUGCCUCACACUAUACCAAACUAGUGGAUUCUGUUGACUAGGAAGACGAUAAGUAUGUGAGCAGGAAAGCAAAAGGUUCUUAUAAUCAUUGGCUUUCUGUAUUUUUUCUUUGGUAGUAGCUCGAGUGGCCCAGAGAGAGUUGUCAUGGGCGGGGAAAUUAGUAUUUUAUAGUUAGUGGGGAAGAAGACCACAUUUUUAUGAGAGGAAGGUGAAAUAGGGAGAGAGCCAUUGGUUCUGGUGGAAGUAGGGGUGUCCAUUUGGGUUCGGUUUUUCGGGUUUACUCAAAAUCAACCCGAUUAUAUAUAUUUUUGGUUUUUCGGGUUCGUUUCCGGUUUUGCGUUUUUUGGUUUCGGGUUCGGUUUUGCUUAUCGUUUUUUCGGGUUCCGGCUAAAAAUCUCCAAUGAAUAGAACUCAACCCGUAUUCUUAGACGUUCAGGUUUUUCAGGUUUCGGUUUUGCUUUAACCGAACCUGAACCCGAUAAGAAAUUUUCGAGUUUUGGGUAACCGGAACCCACAAGUCCUUAUCGGGUUCGGAUUCGGUUUUAGUGGUUUUCGGUUUCGGGUUUUCAGUUUUUUCGGGUUUCGGUUCGGGUAACCGAACCCGACCCGAAUUGACACCCCUUGGUGGAAGAAUGAAUGUGUUAGAACUUGGAAUAGAUGGCGAGGAAGAAAUGCUUGAAUCAUUGAUGCCAACAUCGUGGCUGUCUUCACGCUUGAAAAUGAUGGAAGGUUGGAAAAAAAAAAAAAAGUGAUUGCGUCCUUUUGUGAACACCUUUUGCUUGUGCCCUUAAAGUCAGUAGGUCCUGUGUCCUUGUUUAGGUGCUCCAUUGCCCAUUGGAAAUCCUAUACAUGGGGUGGGAGUCCUUAAACUCUAAUCCGAAGUUGAUCUCUGAUUUAUGCGUGAGUUGUAGCUUCAUUGGUUAAAAUAAUUGUUAAACGAUAUAUCUUGGUACUAGGUGUAAGUUAUAUUCACUUGUGUAAGUGUGUAACUUACGGUUCGUCUAGUUGGUAUUUUUGGGAACUUGGAUGGAAUUAGGGCCGUAAACGAUUCGAAGCGAGCCGAGGAUUGCCAUGGUUCGGGUUUGGCUCGUUAAAAUAAUUUCAAGUUCGAGUUCGGCUCGAGUUUGGCAUGAGUUUUAAUAGGCAAACUUGAGCUCGGCUCGUUUACAAUAAAAGUUCGAGUUCGGCUCAACAAAUGAGAUUAACGAGCAAUAUUAAAGUUCAACUGAUGAAAUGUCGAUUGUAGCUCAAGCUCGACUCACAAAACACCAACAACAAAGACUUAAGGGUUUUGAGCUUGUUUGCGAGCCUAUUGAGCAGAAUAUGUCAUGGCUCGAGUUCGUCUCGUUUACAAACAAGUUUGUUCAUGUCCGACUCAAUUAAAGACGAAUCGAGUGUUGAAUGAAUUUUUCUGACACUGAAUUGUUCAUAAGCAGGUUGAUUGAUUAACAUUAAUUGAAUUAGCUCUUGUGAGCUGAUCAAAUGUUUGCGGGUUAUAUUUGGAGGGGUAUCAAAGCCCAAAGUUCGGCAUAUUAUAUGAUAGCGGCCUACCCAGCUUUCUAUCCAUGUCAAGCCCAUUUUGAUGAGCCAAUAGCCCUAAUCAAGUACGGAUACCAACUGGUCUAAGGUCCUAGUCAGGCAAGGCCAUUAUUACAGGCCUGGUUUUGGGGCCUUAGUUUUUAAUGGCAUAUGGAGUUGUACACCUGUAAUUUUUUUUUUUGGGAUUUUGGAGUAUAAAUUUGGUCACGGUUUAUAUUUAUCAUUUGUGUUCUUAUAUUUUCGAUACAAUAAUUAAUAAUUUUCCUAUAAAUUUACUAUUUACAUUUAAUUGGUUUGAUUGUUGACGAGUUAUAUUCACUUUAUCUCUUAAGGUUGGGGUGUACAACAAUAUGGUAUGGACUAAACUAGUAUGAUUCGCGGUCAAAUAGUGAAAGACAUCUGAAGAUUAAAGACAGGAUUAUUCGGUUCGAUUUUGUUCGAUCCAAAUGACAAUUCAUUUCAUUUUUUUGUACUUAAAAAAUUCAUGAAAGCUAUAAUCAUACUACAUCAGAUUCAAUUCGAUAUGGUUCAGACUCUCGUACAUGCAUCAUUUUGAUCCCGUGCGAUCCGACUAAACCCUUGCUUUCUCAGAAGGGAUCAGAAUCCUUGGCUCUUCUUAUCUAUCAGAUCAGCUACUCGAUUGAACCCACGUGGCAACGAUCCACCCUUUUGGGAGAUAAUUGGUAGAAACAUCGGAGACGUGGCGAACACAGUCCCCAAAUCCAGACCUAAAGUUCUCUCUCUCUCUCUCACACUCACUCCCCCCUCGUGCACACAUUUACUGUAGUCUCUCAGCUAUCUCUCAACACCAUCUGUCUGUUCUUUCUGGGGAGCGAGGAGGAAGAAGAAGAAGCAGAAGAGGGAAGAUGGCUUUAGCAGUAAAGGCGUUACCUUUCACGUUUGUGGCGCACGCGAUUGCGGUCGUGGCUGCAGUCAUGGUUUUGGUUUGGUGCAUCCACUUCAGAGGCGGCUUGGCUUGGGAGGAUACCAACAAAAACCUUAUCUUCAAUCUUCACCCCGUGCUGAUGUUGAUCGGCCUUAUUAUCAUAGGAGGCGAAGCUAUAAUAAGCUACAGGUCUCUCCCUCUGAAGAAAGAAGAGAAGAAACUCAUCCACCUGGUUCUCCAUGCCGUUGCACUCAUCCUCGGAAUUAUUGGCAUCUACAUGGCGUUCAAAUUCCACAACGAGAGUGGCAUCGCCAACCUUUACAGUUUGCAUUCCUGGCUUGGCAUCCUCGUCAUUUCCCUCUAUGGCAUCCAGUGGAUAUAUGGAUUCAUCAUCUUCUUCUACCCCGGAGGUUCGAGCACCCUUAGGAGCGCGUCCCUUCCCUGGCACGUGCUGCUCGGGCUGUUUGCAUUCGUGUUGGCAGUCGGCACUGCAGCAAUUGGGUUCCUUGAGAAGCUGACAUUCCUUCAGAACUCCGGGCUAGCUAAGUACGGAUCCGAGGCUUUGCUUGUGAACUUCACUGCCGUGGUCACCAUUCUGUACGGUGCCUUCGUCAUACUGUCUGUAGCCGGUCAGAAGCAGGCUGAGGAUGACUUCUAUACAGCCAUAUGAGUGACCUAGAGAAUGUGGUUUGUGUAUUGGAGGAGGGAACGAACGAGACUUGAUCUGGUAAUACUGGGUCGUGCUUAUGCGUAAGUACCCAUUUAAAUAUAAAAUUAGCACGAUGGAUCCUCUAUUGUAGAGCAUAUUUCUAUUGUGUAUAUUUGGCCAUUGUGAUUCUCUUGUGCUACAGCAGAAGUCAGGAGACAGGAAUCGCAAUUUUGCCUGAAAAGGGAAGCUCGCUGAUGUUCACAAAUAAGGGGAUCUCUAUUUCUUUUUGGGCAGAUUACUUUCGACUAAAGCAAUUUUCUUAUGGAUCCUUGGGAAUUGACUAUUGAGUGACAAAUUGCACACGGUUAUGCAGCAUAAAAAAGGGGCUAAUUUAAGGCAACAAUUGGCGUUAUUUGGAGUUAAAAAUUGGCUAGACAACUUUUGAUUGUUUGUGGCUCUGAAGAUCUUGAAAAGUUGUGCAAAAAAAAAAAGUUCAUGUUGAUUAGAUAAUCGGUCAAAGUUAUCGUCGUUUAAUUCUUUUUGUAUGUAAUAUAUUGAUCGGUUUUGACCAAAGUGAUCAUUCGCAGAUUAUUGAGGUCUUAACUGUCAAGGAAUCUAUGUAAGAUUACUGACACUAUGUUUGGGAAAAUGUGCAAAUGGGAGGAGGGUGCAAAUGAUAAGAGUAAACAUAGUUUCCAAGA